CCUGAAGCGUCAGAGGUGAACGGAUGAAAGUCUCUCUUCUCUCGUCUGUGGAUUUUCAUCUGGAGAAUGUCUGUGGGAAUUAUGUCUGGACAGAAGCUGAAUGUGCUGCGGCUGAUGAUGACGAUGAUGAUGAUGAUCGUCUGCUGCCUCACUGGACAGAUAACCUCCAUAAGAAUAAUGAUAAUCAGGGACAAUCUGACAGAUCCAUCUACCUGGAGCUCGUGUGAAUCUGCUUAUCCAGGUCUAAAUGUGACAUGUCCUCAGGCGUAUGAAAUACUGAUAGGGAAUUUUUGCAUGGCGCACGUCAAACCGAACUCCUUUUCCAUGGGCUAUUGCAAUUCAUCAACAGCAAUCUCACACACUUUCAACAUAUCAAACGAUGGGGGAGAAUAUGAAGUGCUCAUGAAUGAUACGGGGGCAGGCAUACACAUGUGGUUUCUCCAAAAUACAUCUAAAUGUUUGCCGUCUGAUUUCCGCAAUUCAACAGGAAUCAUGCCAAACUUCACCUCAUGUAUAACCAUCGAACCAACUGACAACCCAACCAGCACCUCCGCAAAUCUUGCGACCACCCAAACAACUGGCAAUCCAAACAACACCUGCACUAAUACCAAAGCAUGCACAUUCAAAGGUUGUUUGAAAAUCCGUGAUGUUGUCCCUGCACAGGAAUGUACUAAUGCUCCGUACAACAACAGUGCCUGCAAUGGCAAAGAAGGAAACAGAUACAUUCUGCAUUACAACGGGAGUGCAUGGACGUGUGUGACCUGCAUUGAUAACAAUUCAACCCCCACCACUAACUAUUCAGAUACCUGUACAACACCAACUCCAACAACACAGAUCCCAACUACCAGUUCAACAUCACAUCCAACAACAAACAUCACAACUACCAGUUCAAACCCUGAUACAACUGCAGUUAAUACUGUCAGUAAACAGGAGAUGAUGGUAAAUCUAACUACUCCUCCAAUCAGUGCAGAUGGAACCAUUGAUCCUUCAAAAGCAUCAGAAGUCUUGAACACGCUGAAGUCCCUGCUGGGUGACAUGAAAAACAGCAAUAAAAGCAAUGCAGGGAUCGCCACAGGGGACAUUAUUGGUGUUAUCCAACUACAAGACGAGAAGACCAAACGCAAAGACAUCGAUAUAUGCUACUCUUCACAACAGAACCUGAUAAACGUCGUUGAGACUAACCAGAAGACAGACUUUCCCUGGUCUGUAAAGAUUCCCAGUGAAGCCUUUGAUAAAUCAAGUCUGGGAAACAAUGGAAGUGCUUUUGUUGGAGUUUUGCGGUACCCAAACAUGGUGAAAAAGGAUGAAACUAAAAAUUACACAGUUUUAAAAAAUCAGGUUUAUGGAAUAACAAUGGGAGCCAAUAUCUCCAACCUCACCAACACUAUUGAAAUGACCAUCAAACUGGAUACUCUGGUCGGUAAUGUGUCCUGCACAUCUUGGGAUGGCAAUGGAAAUCUUGAGUGGACAACGUUUGGCUGUGAGACAGAAAUGAUCGACAAUUACACCAUAAAGUGUUCAUGUUCACAUCUGACUUUCUUUGCAGUGCUGAUGUCUGUGCCAGAUGCAAAUGCUGUUGCACCAUAUCUGGAUUCCCUGACUCUCAUCUCUUCUGUUGGCUGCGGGAUCUCUGUGUUUUUUCUGGCCAUCGCUCUGUUCAUGCAUUUCCUGCUGCGGAAAGCCAAAUCCAAUCAGGCCACAAAGAUCCUGAUCAACAUAUUAGUGGCCCUUUUUCUCCUGAAUGUGUCUUUUCUGUCGAACGAGAGCGUGGCAAACUCAGGAGACAAGAAUGCUUGUGUCUUCAUAGCACUGCUAAUGCAUUAUUCCAUGCUGACCACAUUCACCUGGUUCUUCAUUCAAGCUCUUCAUAUGUACUUAUGGCUCAUCCGACAGAACGUCACCAUCACAAACUACAUGAGGAAGAUCACCGUGUUGGGCUGGGGUUUUUCGACACCGAUAGUCGUGGUUGUUCUUUCUAUAGGAGGAUAUAAAACACUGACCUUAAACUCAACCUCUGGAAAAAUUGUACAAAUGUGCUGGAUUCCAGAUCCCUACAUUCCAUCCAUAGUGAACAUCGGCUUCUACAGCCUAGUUUUCAUCUUCACAAUAGUGAUCUUCAUCAUCAUCGUCACUAAGAUAUUCCAGGCUAGAGACAUAACAGCGACUGAGGGCAAGAGACUGACGUUCAGAAAGCAGCUGAUGAUGGUGUUGAGUUUGUUUCUUCUGUUCGGUCUGACGUGGGCUGUUGCCUUCUUCAGUUAUGGACCGAUGCUCAUUCCCUCAUAUUACAUCUUCUCUGUGCUCAACUCCUUUCAAGGGUUUUUCCUCUUCCUGUAUUACUAUCACAUUCACAAUGAUGCUGCUGGUAGUUUCUCCGAUGAUCCAGGAAGCUCAAGCACCACCACAUCCAUUGUUAAAUCCGGCAAUGCUGUGGGAAAUUUGUAUAACUAAUUUUAUUAAGACAACGGGGGUUUGUGCAUCUUACACUCUGUUGACUGACUGUUUGGCUAAUUAUAGGGAAACUGUGUAUUCUCAAAAGUGUGUAGGCACCUGCUGUUUCUAUAAGUGUUUUGUUUUUCUUUUGCCAAUAUUGAGUCUAUGGUUGCCCAAUGAACUGUACAGUUGUGAAUUUGUCACACAUAUAGAGUACAGCAAAUACAUUAACCAGAGCAAAUUUGGUGUCUUCAGCUUAAACCUUUUCUUGCACCACCAAAUGUCUGAAUUUGCACAUAUGUUAAUGAUCAUAUAAUGGCUAGAAGCAAAGUAAUCUUUUCCACUGAUUCAAGAGCUCAAGAUCUAACAACAGAGGUUCAGUGACUCUAGUUAUGUUUCCAUCCAAAGAUGCAAAUUAAACAUAUGCACAAAACUGGAAUAUUGCAGAAAACAUUAGUGAAUAAAGCAGCAUUUCUAUUCAGGAAGAAACUAAAAGGAACAACAUUAUCAGUACCUUCUAAACAUGCACUUAUAUCACUGAGAGAAGUGGAGUUUGCUGCACUGUUGGGAUUCUCCACUGUGGUGUUUGUUCUCCUCUAAUAAAUGAGCUGAACCUCAGAAGACGAAGAUGAAACGCAAUGAACGCGGUGGCUUUUGGAGGCGUGAUCGCAGACAGAUGCUCAAGACAGUUCUGGAGGGAAUAAUAAUAGAAGAAUAAUAAUACUGAAGCACUGUGAUGACGGACUGACGGAGGGCUGAGGACUUAUCAGCACAACAACAUUUCAGAUCUGAAACAAUGUAAAGCUGGAAAUAUGGAGAGCUGCAGACCAACAUUAUUGAUGCAAAGACCCUCAAACACACAUUUAUAUUAGGGACGCAACGAUUAACCGAUUUCACUAUUAAGCACACUUUUAUUCGUCACGGUUAAUUAAUUGUAAAGGCUUUUAAACAGCGUUUCUGCACAGAACAAAACUGCUGCAACUAAGUGUGCACUAGUUUGAAGUUCCGAGCUUGUAC